GCUUCUUGAAGUCCCAAUCGCAGACAUUUUAAGUGAAUGGUCUCAAACAGUUUUCAUAAAUCUGGUUGGCAACUUGGUUUUCUCAUGUACUUCCCAUAAUGAGUACUGUAACUCUGAGGUGGAUCGGCGAUUUAGACCAAGACAAACGUGAGCAGGCUGGAUGUGUUAGUUCAUCGAGCGACCAAUAUCGUCCGAAAAAAAUAGAACUGAAACCUGGACAGAAGGAAAUUCGAAUUGGGAGAAUCAACACAAAAAUUCCUCCUGACUAUGCGAUUGAAAGCUGUAUCAACAGCCGCAUGAUAUCUCGGAAUCAUGCCACUAUUGAGCGUUCCGCUAAGGGUGGUUCAAUUCUGUAUGAUCACAGCAUGAAUGGCACAUACGUUAACUACACCAGAGUCAUGGGUGGAGUGACUCUUAAACAUGGAGAUAUUGUGUGCUUUGGUCACCUUAAUGGUGCAAAUCUGAAACCAGGAGAGCCAGUGGCACUCUUUUACUCCGACCUAAAAUAUCGAGUGGAACUAAGUGAUUCCCCAACUAAGGAAAACGUUGUAGCAGGAACAACUAAAAAACGCAAAUCAUAUCCUGCACAACCAGGUUCUACAGUAUCUUCCACACAGCGUUCCGAUGGUGAAGAUGAUUCAAUAGGGUCAAGUGAUGACGGCUCAAUUGAUGCUAAGCGACCUAAAAGUAAUACAAUAUCGGGUGCAUCACGAAGUGCUAAUCGUCAAAAGUUCAAAAAACCCGUAUCUUCAAAUCGCCACAAAUUAGAUGAAGAAGAUGAUGGAGAUAGCAAUGAAGACGCUGAUGACAAUUCCAAUAACAAACGUAUGAGUUCUGCCAGUUCUAAAGCAAUCAAAAAGCGUUCAAAUGGCACAGAGAAGGUCAAAAAAUCCCAUUCCAAUUCUGUUUCUCGUAAAACUAGCGGAACGAAGCCUAGUCAUUUACACAAUAAGGAGAAGCGCCGUUCAGGAAAAUCAAGUAAAUCUGGAGUUUUUGAUGCCGAAGAUGAUGCCGGUGGUAGUGAAAUGUUUCAUUAUGAUAGCGAAGAAUGUUCAGCCAGACCAUGUAAGCAGCCUCAAGACAUAGCGAUAGACUGGAUCCAGUGUGACCGUUGUACUUUAUGGUAUCACCAAGUAUGCAUAGGACUGAAACCAAGUGAAGCAAACGUUGAAACUUACUACUGCCCUUAUUGUAAAAAGUGACUUCUCUGAUUGGGGUCAGAUAGUCUGUCCAACUUCUGAUCACAUUUUUAUUCGUGUACAUAAUAAACAAUAAAAAUGAAUUUUAUUCUGAUAAGUCUAAUCUUAGAGAGAUCCAGGUGUUCUACCAACUUGUUGAUAUUUUUAUGCAUGCAUUUGGAUUGAUCUCAUUCUCCGUCAGAAUAUGUGGCACCCUCUUGACUGGUUUCUUUUCUGUGCUUUCACUUUGAAUUAGUAUUGAUACCUUUCAAGCAGCUGUUCAGAUUCAUCAUUAAUGAUUUGUGUGAAUAGAAGUACUUAGAACUGAUUCGUUUGUCGGUCACUUCCUCUUCUCUGAACUGACUUUGAAAGCAUAUGUACAUACAUUAACUAAUGAAUAUUGUUUUUUGGUCUUCUGUACUUUAAUUUCUACUUGAAUAUAAGUUUAUUGUCCUUGUGUCUAUUUAAGUAGUUACAUUGCUAUGUUGCACACUGAAGCAUUUUCGAUGCUGCUACAACAAUGUUAGUUACCAGCAUCUUUUACUCCCAUCUUGAAUCUUUUAUGGUUAAAUUUGUUGGCUUUCAUACUUUCACACUGCUUAUUCAUUGCUCAUAAAUAAUAAUAUGGCAUGUAAUUA